CCUCCUUAAAGAUCGCAUACACACUCAUCAAGGUCCGGAAGCGGCAGAGCAUUGGAGAAUAUAUAGUAACCAGUCUGCUGCUACUACUACCACCACCAACCCCAAAACAAAUCCUGAUCAUAACCGUUUUAACUUCUUGUUUUCAAUGACGGGAGGAAGAAGACGGAAUAAAUUUUUAUUAUAAAUAUUUCCAUUUCAAAAAUUGCGAGGGAAAAAUAAUUUGGUGAUUAAAACGCAGUGAAUUGAAGUAAAAGGAAAACGCGAGACAGGGAGAAAGAUGGCAGCGAACAGUACAACAUUCGCCAGCAAAACGAAAACCAAGAAGAAACAUUUUGUGGCUCAGAAAGUAAAGCUGUUCCGAGCUAGUGACCCAUUGCUCAGCGUCCUUAUGUGGGGAGUCAAUCACUCGAUCAAUGAGUUAAGUCAUGUCCAAAUUCCGGUUAUGUUGAUGCCAGAUGACUUCAAAGCCUAUAGCAAGAUAAAAGUGGAUAAUCACCUUUUCAAUAAGGAGAAUAUGCCAAGUCACUUUAAGUUUAAGGAGUACUGCCCUAUGGUCUUCCGAAAUUUGAGAGAGAGGUUUGCAAUUGAUGAUCAGGAUUUCCAGAAUUCAGUGACACGGAGUGCUCCCUUUUCAAAUGACUCGCAAGGUCGAAGUGGAGCUCGUUUUCACACCACGUAUGACAGGAGAUAUGUGGUCAAAACUAUAUCCAGCGAAGAUGUGGCUGAAAUGCAUAACAUUUUGAAGAAAUACCAUCAGUACAUUGUGGAAUGUCAUGGCAACACCCUUAUUCCACAGUUCCUAGGAAUGUAUCGACUGACAGUGGAUGGGGUUGAGACCUACAUGAUCGUCACAAGGAACGUCUUUGGCCAUCGGCUCCCGGUUUACAGGAAGUAUGAUCUGAAGGGUUCCACAGUGGCCAGAGAAGCUAGCGACAAAGAAAAGGCCAAGGAGCUACCAACAUACAAGGACAAUGAUUUUAUAAACGAUGGGCAAAAAAUUUGCAUUAAUGAAGAAAACAAAAAGAUGUUCCUUGAAAAACUCAAGAAGGAUGUUGAGUUCCUUGCUCAGCUGAAGAUCAUGGACUACAGUCUUCUGGUUGGUAUUCAUGAUGUCGAGCGAGCUGAACAGGAAGAAAUGGAAUUUGAGGAUGAAGAAGAUGAAGGAGAAAGUGAUGGGGCUGGAGCCCAUACAACUGGAUCGUGUGGAACGCCUCCGGAUAGCCCCGGAAAUGUACUGAACAGUUCAAGACCAUUAGCACCUGGUGAAUUUGACCCAACUAUUGAUGUGUACGCCAUAAAAAGCCAUGAAAACUCCCUGCGGAAGGAGAUUUACUUCCUGGGAAUUAUUGACAUUCUAACACAUUAUGAUGCAAAGAAGAAAGCUGCACAUGCUGCCAAAACAGUCAAACAUGGCUCUGGUGCCGAGAUCUCCACCGUCAACCCAGAGCAGUACUCAAAGCGCUUUGUGGAAUUUAUCACCAGUAUUUUGACAUAGCUUAACAUGGAUCACACAUGCAGGGAAUGGGAGGGGUGACAAAAAUGUGGGAAUGACAUGGGCUAAAUGAAGUGGCAUCUGCAAUGUUCGUCUUGCUGAAAGCAUUCCCUUCUUUACAUCUUCUGAAUAAGAUGACUGACGGAAAAUAGCUUUAACUGCUUCCUGAAACUGCCAGCACAGUACUCACAAUUAAGGACUUUAUUUUGUGGGAAGAAUAUAAAAUCAUCAGAGUGCACUGCUUUAGCAACACUCCAAGACUAGCUGUGAUGGAACUUUAUUGGAGGAGAUACUUUCAAUAAUAGGAAGAAACUGCAUGUUAAUUGACAUACAGCAAUUACUGGUAUCAAAUUAUAAACUGUGGAUCGGUUUAUCACUUGAACUGAAAGAUGCAGAGCAGUAUUUGUUUAACUUGCUAAUGUUACACUUCCAUUAAGCACACUGGCACUCCUCAAGAUAGCUUCAUGGUUUAUUGCUUUUUUUGAAAGGGAGCCUUGACAUAAUAAAACUGGCAAAGUUCUGUAAAUUUAUGUUGUGAUAAGUUAGUCUUAAAUCCCCCACUGUAGGCAGCUUAUAUUAUUUGUAGUUAAAAGUUAAAAUUAUUUCAAGGAGGAGAAUGAACUAAGAAAUCAAAAUUUUCAGUCACAUUCAUUCACAGUAAUUGGGUGCUUUGAAGCUCUGAUAAAUUAAAUAUGUUUUCACAGCACAGAAAAGGUCUGUAUUAAGAAUCAGGAUCUGCCUUAUGAUUAUUUAACAUGGUUUUGGGCAACAUUUUACUACUUAUCCAACUUUUAUUUGAAAAAAUUGAGUAAGAUUUGAAGACUCCUUGGUCACUUUUAUACACAGCAGAUCCCAUUGUAUUAGUAAUGUGGAAUACAGUAUGAAAGGUAAAACUGCAUUGGUAGCACUUCAGAUCACCAAUCAUAAAACCUUGCGCAGAUUCAUUUAAUAAUUUCAUUCAUCUCAAUGUAAAAACUUGUUUUUAUUUUUAAUUCCCACCGUUACUAGUGUUUACAAGAGAAGUGUCUGAUGUGUCACAUUGUGAGCAGCUUUUUCAUAAUAAUAUGGAUUCAAAUAAAGCGUCCUUCGAAAAAGUCUAUGUCCACCAUGGUAUAAGUGGGUUCUGAAGGCUCUGACACCUAAAUUAAAUGUGGAAUGCUUCAAUUAUUCAUUAUACCUUCCAUAUAGAGGAAUAAAUUAAGACUGUCUGAACACAACAGUAAUAUUUCAGAAUUCACAGUUGCCUUUUUAGUUUCUGCAGCAUUGUUUUUAGGUAUUAUGUAAAUAUGUAAGAAAUGGUUGCCUGAAACUAUGAUCAUCUUUGUUAUUUUAAGCAUGAAUUGAUCUUUUCUGUACAACUUCCACUAUCUCUAAUUAUACAGAUUAUGCCUUGUUAAAUAAAAACAUGCUUAAUAUCUUCAAAGAUUACACUGUGCAACAGGUGUGCCUUUUUCCUAAGUGUAUCAUUGAAAUUGCUGUUAAGACUAUAUCCGUUUCAUUGCUGUGCCCUCCCCAGACGUUUUGGAACUUAAGCAAGCAAAGGAGUGCCAGAAUGCCUUUUCCUAUUAAAAAUGUGUCAAUGCUGUUUGGACUGCAAUUUUUUUAAAUGCUUCACAUUAGGUAGCAAUUACCUAGAUUGUACUAGGAUUCUAGUGAGUAUUAGCAUCUUCAGUGGCCAAAGGCAAUAUCAUCAAUGUGUCUAUGUAAUAAUUUAACAUGGUUUUGUUACUCUUGGUAUAGUGAUGUUAACACUGUAAUGUAAAUGUACAGUUAUAUAUUUUACGUAUUUAAAAAAAAAUAAUUUUUUUCCAUAAUCAUUGUGCCGGUCAUUUUCAUUUCAAGUUUUCUGUAAGAUGCUGUAGUUUCCAUUAAUAAUAGAACUACAAGAAACAAGCCCAUGUGGGAAAAAGAGGUACGCGUACAAACAAUAUAUUUGGGCAAAAAUUCCCCCCUGUGGUUCAUCUGUGUAUUUUAAAUGCUUCUGGCAGCUUAAAAUAUAAUGCACAAUGUUUUGUCUUUAUUAGUCAUUCAUGUAAAUAAUUUUUUUUGUUUGUGAGGCAACUUCAUAAAAUAUGUACUAGUGCUGCAUUCUACACACUCCAUACCUGAGCUUUGCUUUAUGAAAUAAAGCACCUUGUUGUCUCAAAA